AUGCAAUCUAAUGGAUGUCCGCGUUAUUCUCCAUUUCAUAUGCCAUAUCAUGCAACGCUCGUGCAACAACUUAUAUCCCUGUGUUUCGUAAUUCGGUCUUCGCUUUAUGUGCUAUUCAGUUUUUUUGGUGGCGUUUCAGGUUUUUGUGCGUGCGUGCGUGGACGGUUUCGAGGUGUGAUGAGCUCAUUAAGUGUUAUGUCUGGUGAAACUGGCGGACAUACUAUACAGCAGUUAAGUUCUAAUCAAUCAUCAACUACCGCAACACUCCCCCAAUACUCGGUUCCAGCUACUCAAGUAUCAGGGGCAUCGAAAUAUACCCAAUUAUUGAGUGUGAUUGAAGAACUGGGAAAGGAUAUUAGGCCGUCGUAUACAAACAACAAAAUUUGUUCGGAACGUUUGAAGCGAAAUAUCAUCCGAGCUCGGAUUCUUGUACGGGAAUGUCUAAUAGAGACUGAUCGAAGUGCCCGACAGCAAUAA